AUGCCAGUUGCAAUUAUUACAGGCGCUGCCUCGGGCAUAGGUCUAGCCCUAUCUCGCCAAUUCACGGAGCAAGGCUGGAAUGUGACGCUUGCCGAUGUCGAUGUAUUGGGUGGCCAGCGAGCAGCUGAGCAGUUGGGUGAUCAAGCCUUCUUCCACAAAACUGAUGUGUCAAACUGGGAUGAUGUGGCAUCGCUGUAUAAGAAGACGAUUGAAAAAUUUGGCCGGAUCGACUAUGUUGCCGCCAAUGCUGGAGUAGCCGACUUCCAAAGUUUAUAUGAGAAGAAUGAAGGCGAACCACAAAAACCUAACUUGAGGACGAUUGACAUAGAUUUGAAUGGGCAGAUAUAUUGUCUUUAUCUUGCUGCCCAUUAUUUUCGGCAGAACGGAGGGGAUGGUGGGACGAUCGUGUUCACAAGUUCCAACGCUGGGCUGUACAAGCUUCCGACGAAUCCUCAAUACGCCGCGGCCAAAUAUGGGAUCAUUGGUCUGGUGAGAUCUGUGGCCCCCGUAUUCCAGAAAGAAAACAUCAGGGUGAAUUGCAUUUGCCCUGCCUUCGUUCCAACCGGCCUCGCACCAGAGUUUCUGCUGAAGGUUAUGCCGAGCGAACAUAUAACUCCCAUGUCUACUAUAAUGCGGGCAUUCGACAAUUUUGCAAAAGACUCCAGUCUCGUGGGAAAGGUAGCCGAGUGCUCGCAGGGCAAUAUAUUUUAUAGGGAGCAGGUGGAGUAUUGCGAUGAGAGCUCACGCUGGCACGGAGAAGAAAGCUCGAAGCUCUGGGAAGGGGCAUACAAUUGA